AUGGCCUACUACUUGAAAAACGGAGGCACUCCUCGCCGCAAGGCAGUUCCGCUCGACAACCAUUUUCAGCCGGUUGCUCCUCAAAAGUUGUCCAAGACGCACCAGGUUCCGGGUUCGAUUCCCGGCCUGGCUUCAAGUUCUUCGCCUGCGGGCACUUCACAACUUCCUCUCCCUCCUCCACCACAUCAACGUCUGGCUCCUACUUCGGUCUUCGGACCUGUUCUGUCUCCCGGAGAUCCCAUGAAUCUCACUCCAGACUACGAGGGCUUCGGCCACCUAGGGUCUCCUCACGCUGCCUGGGUCUACCAGCAGAUUAACUACCCAGCAAUCUGUUCUGCCUUCGGUCCUCCUCCUCUUUCGGAGAUCCCAGCAUACGCGUUCUGGCCGGCCCCGUUCGUUGUCCCUGCUGCUUAUCGUUUUGGUGUCGUUCCUCCCACGUUCGCCGCCGCCGCACCGGCCAGCACCAGCAACAGCACCACAUCGCAUUCGUCGUACCGGGCCCGUUACUAG